AUGACUAAUGAUCAAGGGUUUUUAUUUCUAAGGGCUGGACUGUUAAAAUAUUACUUGGAAAAAUUUUGGAUUGGAACUCGUUUUAUUUCUUGGGCUGAGCAGAAUAAUAUACACUUAAAUAUUGAAAAUAUUCAUUGGUGUACGCCGGACUCGAACCCGGUCCAAUGCUUUGGUAAGCAAGGGCCGGAUCCGAUAGGCUACUGCGCGCCGUUGGAACACUGGAUAGAUCUUAAUCCUCGGAGCUUCAUACCGGCGCUUGAUAUUAUCACCUCUGUAUUUUUUAUGAAUAUUCUUAGAACUGAUACGUCUGGACGGCCAAUAAUUAGAACUGUGUCCAUAAUAGGGCUGGUAAUUGCCCCGAAGGUCUCGAGACAGCCUAGCUAGCACAAUGUUUGGAUCCAAGAGCACAUCUUGGGAAAUUAGAUCUUCCGGAAGUUUCGGCUCUUCUGGAGGCUUCACUGUAGUAUUUAAAUUUAUUUUUUGAUCUUCGCUGGAUUUAUUACUAACAGAUUCCAGCGAAGUGUCGUAAUUAGCAAAAUUAUCUGCUACAGAUACAGUUGAAUUAAAAUUAACAACUGUAGAUGAAGAAAUUGCUUCUUCAGUAACAAUAUCUUCACUUUUACAGAUACUUCCGAU